AUGUAUGGUUUCGUCUUGUUGCGUGAUCUUGUUUUACUCGAAAUUAUGUCGUAUUUGACACAUAUGGAAAACUUAUAUUCAUUUUUCAAUUUUGAUGACAAACUUAGUUAUAACAAUUCACUGCGUGAACGUCGAUAUUCAGUUGAUAUUUAUCAUUUAUCCAUGGUUACCAAAUCAAAAAUAUUUCGUUAUUUAUGUGCAAAUGUACUUCCAUAUAUAUCAUGUCAUAUGGAAUCAUUGAAUAUAAAUGUUAAUUUUGCUGGUAGUUAUAUUGUUCAUGACAUGCCAUCUACUGUGUUGUCCAAUAUAAGUUUGUUACAUUUACAUUCAUUACAAGUAUGUUUUAUUUAA